CUUUAGCAAGCUAAUGUCUCUGGCUGCUUGCCAUUGCCAUGAGAGAUGAAAUGGUUUGCAUUUUGUGAUCACGAUGGAGAGUGACAUCCCAGCGGUGAACUCCAGAGCUCCAACGGUGCCUGAAUCCCUGUCAUCUCUGAUCGUGGAGUCCUUUCGAGGCCGAGCGGUGGUCCUUCCGCAUAAGGUAACUACAAAUGCCAGACGGCGAUCAUCGUUAAAAGGCAACCAGCGCAAAGAAGCCGGAGACAAGAUUCGCGACCCAGCUACACGCUUCCAUCGCUUAGAUGAUCCGCAGGUCAGGCUGUACUUCUUGCAGCAACACCCAUUUUUCCAAGAUUUAAGUACGUCCCUCCGAGAACGUUUGGCACCGCAACUGGUGCAUCCAAGUUGUCCACCAGAUCCGGUUACUGUGGUGGAGCAGAACGCAGAGCCAGAGACAAACGGCAUGGAUUACCUUUUUGUGACGCCACCUGAUGGUCACACCACUCUGGAGUUGACCUUCGAUGGACGCAGAAUCUCCACUUUAAGUGGAAAUGCGGUCUUCGGCCAAGAGGUUGUGUUCGGGGUGACGAAAAGGUUUAUUUUCGGCUCACGUUUGACAACAGGAUCAGUGAAUUCGCUUUGGGUGAUUCCACGCAAAGUGGUGCAAAAGUUGUUGCAGAAGGAUGCGCAUCGUGGAGACGCGCGAGUUUUGAAGCAGCGAGCACAAGAUGACAUUGUGUCAGUCCUCAAGACGUUUUAUAGUGAGCCAACACGGAUUGUGCCAAUUCGUCUUUUUGAUGCUCACACCGCCUUCAAGGAAGCUCUGGUGGAAGAAGUUGACAUUCAAAUUCUCUCUGCUGGAAGCACCAUUUGCAAGGAAUAUGAGCUGCAGGAUUGGGCAUUCUGCGUGUGGCGUGGGGAAGCAGAUGUCUUGGACUCUGGGUCAUCCACGUCAAGCUUUCUGAGACUGUCACACACCAAAGGUGCUCAAGCAUGGGCUGCCUGGUGGUGUUUGAUUGAGCUCCUAGGAACUCAGAUCACACCGCACAUCAGCCGGCAUCCUGUGAAGGCAGUGACCGAUUGUAUUAUUUGGAAGCUGGCACCUGCCAACCUCAGGAGACUGCAGAAGGCAUUUCCGGCGGAGUGCCGUAUGCUUGAGAAGGUGGCGAUGUACCAUGCUUCACUUCUGAAGCCAAAAGCCAUGGCACUGAAGCAGGCUUGGAAGGGACAAGGAAAGGCCUUCAGCUUGUGGAUUCAAUUUGUUUGCAACCACGUGGAACGAUUCUUGGAGUUCGCGGAGAAGGUGAAGAAUCCUCCUGCCCCAGCCCCUGCAGGACCAACUCUGAAGAUUGAGAAGUCAACUGCAGAGCAGCAGGCUACGUUCUUGAGGUCUUUGAAGGAGACUGUCACAUGCGAGGCUGAACACAUCAAACCCAAGCCUGGUUGUGCUCGGGUGGACCCUUGCCGUGUUGAAGGCCCACAGGACACGCAGAAGAUCUCCCAAAAGAUCAUUGAGGGCAAGACUCCUACUCCUACUGAGGUCAUCAACUACUUCAACGCUGAGUUGAAGAAGCGCAUUUGCUUCUUGGAUGGUGGCAUGGGUACACGAAUCCAGGCUGAGAGGUUGGAGGAACCAGAUUACCGCGGCGACAGGUUCAAGGAUUUCAAUGAGAAGGAUGCCAACGGUGUUCCAGUGUCCUUGAAGGGCAACAAUGAUUUGUUGAUUUUCACCAAGCCUGACAUGGUGAAGGACAUCCACAAGGAGUACUUCGCAGCAGGCUCUGACAUUUGCGAGACCAACACUUUCAAUGGCACCUCUGUGUCUCAGGGUGAGUACAAGAUGCAGGCCAUCGUCCAUGAGAUGAACAAGGUUGGAGCAGAGCUCGCCAAGAAGGCAGCAGCAGAGGUGACCAAGGAGGAUCCCUCCUUCCGCAACGUCACGUGGGAUGAGCUGGUGGCUGCAUACAAGGAGCAGGUCAGUGGCCUUGUGGACGGUGGUGUCGACAUGUUGAUGAUCGAGACCGUCUUCGACACCCAGAACUGCAAGGCCGCCAUUUUUGCCGUGGAUGAAUAUUUCAGGGAGACCAAGAAGGAGAAGCUCCCAGUGAUGCUCAGUGCCACCAUUGUGGACAACAGCGGCCGCACCCUGUCGGGUCAGACCAUUGAGGCCUUCUACGUGAGUGUGAAGCAUUGCAACCCGUUCACCGUUGGCAUCAAUUGCGCCCUGGGUGCUGCGCAGAUGAAGGGCUUCUACAAGAAGCUUGCCGACAUGAACACCGGCUGGUGCCAUGUGUACCCCAAUGCUGGCCUGCCAAAUGCCAUGGGUGGCUAUGAUGAGGAUCCGGAGAUUUUCUCCACCAACAUCUUGGACUAUGCCAAGGAUGGCUUGCUCAACUUUGUGGGUGGAUGCUGCGGCACUUUCCCAUCCCACAUCGCAGCUGUGUGCAAGAAGGUCGAGAAGUGCCCGGUCCGCAAGCUGCCUGAAUUGCCCAAGUACCCCACCAUGAUGCUCUCUGGUCUCGAGCCAUGCAGUGUGAACAAAGAGACAGGCUUCCAAUGGGUUGGAGAACGCUGCAACCUCAUGGGCUCCGCCAAGUUCAAGAAGUUGGUAGAUGCUUACAAGUGGGAUGAGGCAAUGGAGGUUUGCAUUGCUCAGUGCGAGAAGAAGGCCGACAUUUUGGACUUCAACUUCGAUUCCGACCUCAUCGAUGGUCAGUCUGCAAUGAGCAAGUUCAUGAAGCUUUGCGUCACUGAGCCCACUGUGGCCAAGUUGCCUUUCAUGAUUGACUCGUCAAAGUGGCAUGUCGUGGAGGAAGGCUUGAAGUGCGUGCAGGGCAAAUGCAUCGUCAACUCCAUCUCGCUCAAGCCAGGUGAGGAGGAGUUCAUCAAGCAUGCCGACUUGUGCAUGCGUUACGGUGCGGCCGUCGUUGUCAUGGCGUUCGACGAGAAGGGCCAGGCUGCAACUUUUGAAGACAAGGUCAGGAUCUGCCAGCGCAGCUACAGGGUCCUCAGGGAGAAGUUGGAUUUCCCUCCAGAGGACAUCAUCUUCGACUGCAACGUGCUGACCAUUGCCACUGGCUUGCCAGAGCACAACUCCUAUGCUCUUGACUUCAUCAAUGCAGUUGAAGAAAUCAAGCGCACUUGCCCUUGCGUUUCCUUCUCGGGCGGCUUGAGCAACUUGUCCUUCUCUUUCCGUGGUCUCAACUCCCUGCGAGAUGCCAUGCACAGCAUCUUCCUGUACCAUGCUGUUCCCAAGGGCCUCAACAUGUCCAUCGUCAACCCUGGUGCCUUGCCUCGCUAUGAGGACAUCGAUGCCAACACUCGCAAACUGGCUGAGGAGGUGAUUCUGAACAAGUCCGAUGAUGGCAACCACGUGGAGCGAUUCUUGGAGUUCGCGGAGAAGGUGAAGAAUCCUCCUGCCCCAGCCCCUGCAGGCCCACAGGACACGCAGAAGAUCUCCCAAAAGAUCAUUGAGGGCAAGACUCCUACUCCUACUGAGGUCAUCAACUACUUCAACGCUGAGUUGAAGAAGCGCAUUUGCUUCUUGGAUGGUGGCAUGGGUACACGAAUCCAGGCUGAGAGGUUGGAGGAACCAGAUUACCGCGGCGACAGGUUCAAGGAUUUCAAUGAGAAGGAUGCCAACGGUGUUCCAGUGUCCUUGAAGGGCAACAAUGAUUUGUUGAUUUUCACCAAGCCUGACAUGGUGAAGGACAUCCACAAGGAGUACUUCGCAGCAGGCUCUGACAUUUGCGAGACCAACACUUUCAAUGGCACCUCUGUGUCUCAGGGUGAGUACAAGAUGCAGGCCAUCGUCCAUGAGAUGAACAAGGUUGGAGCAGAGCUCGCCAAGAAGGCAGCAGCAGAGGUGACCAAGGAGGAGCCUCACAAGCCCCGCUUCGUGGCAGGAGCUGUUGGUCCUACAAGCCGCACUUUGUCUGUUUCCCCCAGCGUUGAGGAUCCCUCCUUCCGCAACGUCACGUGGGAUGAGCUGGUGGCUGCAUACAAGGAGCAGGUCAGUGGCCUUGUGGACGGUGGUGUCGACAUGUUGAUGAUCGAGACCGUCUUCGACACCCAGAACUGCAAGGCCGCCAUUUUUGCCGUGGAUGAAUAUUUCAGGGAGACCAAGAAGGAGAAGCUCCCAGUGAUGCUCAGUGCCACCAUUGUGGACAACAGCGGCCGCACCCUGUCGGGUCAGACCAUUGAGGCCUUCUACGUGAGUGUGAAGCAUUGCAACCCGUUCACCGUUGGCAUCAAUUGCGCCCUGGGUGCUGCGCAGAUGAAGGGCUUCUACAAGAAGCUUGCCGACAUGAACACCGGCUGGUGCCAUGUGUACCCCAAUGCUGGCCUGCCAAAUGCCAUGGGUGGCUAUGAUGAGGAUCCGGAGAUUUUCUCCACCAACAUCUUGGACUACGCCAAGGAUGGCCUGCUCAACUUUGUGGGUGGAUGCUGCGGCACUUUCCCAUCCCACAUCGCAGCUGUGUGCAAGAAGGUCGAGAAGUGCCCGGUCCGCAAGCUGCCUGAAUUGCCCAAGUACCCCACCAUGAUGCUCUCUGGUCUCGAGCCAUGCAGUGUGAACAAAGAGACAGGCUUCCAAUGGGUUGGAGAACGCUGCAACCUCAUGGGCUCCGCCAAGUUCAAGAAGUUGGUAGAUGCUUACAAGUGGGAUGAGGCAAUGGAGGUUUGCAUUGCUCAGUGCGAGAAGAAGGCCGACAUUUUGGACUUCAACUUCGAUUCCGACCUCAUCGAUGGUCAGUCUGCAAUGAGCAAGUUCAUGAAGCUUUGCGUCACUGAGCCCACUCUGGCCAAGUUGCCUUUCAUGAUUGACUCGUCAAAGUGGCAUGUCGUGGAGGAAGGCUUGAAGUGCGUGCAGGGCAAAUGCAUCGUCAACUCCAUCUCGCUCAAGCCAGGUGAGGAGGAGUUCAUCAAGCAUGCCGACUUGUGCAUGCGUUACGGUGCGGCCGUCGUUGUCAUGGCGUUCGACGAGAAGGGCCAGGCUGCAACUUUUGAAGACAAGGUCAGGAUCUGCCAGCGCAGCUACAGGGUCCUCAGGGAGAACUUGGAUUUCCCUCCAGAGGACAUCAUCUUCGACUGCAACGUGCUGACCAUUGCCACUGGCUUGCCAGAGCACAACUCCUAUGCUCUUGACUUCAUCAAUGCAGUUGAAGAAAUCAAGCGCACUUGCCCUUGCGUUUCCUUCUCGGGCGGCUUGAGCAACUUGUCCUUCUCUUUCCGUGGUCUCAACUCCCUGCGAGAUGCCAUGCACAGCAUCUUCCUGUACCAUGCUGUUCCCAAGGGCCUCAACAUGUCCAUCGUCAACCCUGGAGGCUUGUGGAUUUUUCAGUCAUUGCUGAUCACUGGAUCACUCUUAUUCUGGAUGUAUUCCAAGAGAAUUCAAAAGUUGCAUCUACCAAUUGUCAUCCAAUGUCACCAGGACAAAUUUCCUGGCGCUUUUUUUUUUCAAGACCUCAUCUGAAUCCCUCCUGAAACGAAAGCUUGUUAUCGUCUUUUCUUGGAAUUCUUGAACUUAUAUGGAUUUUAGCUGGAAUUUGCAUUAGAAUACAUUAGAAUACAUUAAAUCAUUCUUAUUGGAUACCAUCAAUGGAACUUAUCAAGUCAAUUGUCUACCACCAGGAUCCAGUAGAUCCGAAUCCCUGGUUCCAGGAUUGCCCCGCUACAACGACAUCGAUGCCCACACCCGCAAGCUGGCUGAGGAGGUGGCCCCACUGGAAUGUGGCGUCCUGUGGAGUCCUCCAUUUCAAGGGUUUAUCGCUCUGUUUAUUUUCGCUUUGAAAGAUGGGCUUGAUGGGCUUGAUGGGCUUGAUGGACUUGAUGGACUUGCUGAGACUUUCGCUGCCAGGUGAUCCUCAACAAAUCCGCAGAUGGCAAGCAUGUGGGGGUGCCGAACGGACCUGGACAAAGAGGUAGCAGGACCUGGUUUGACGGGCCAUCGGGUCAUCCCCAUGUGGUUUGGGAUGCAACCCCUUCUAGAUGGGUGAUCAGACAUAUCAUGUCAUAUCUCAAAGUUAUGUGGCUUCAAUGACACCUGUUUUGAAGUCUACCUGUCAGCCUGCAGAAGUGUUCUCGGGUGCUACUCCCAUAGUUGCGUUUGCCACGAAAGUUACUACGACGUACGACCAUUCCAAAAGCAAAAGGGCUCAAAAGGAAGUGUUUCAUCAUGGUCUUAGUCGUUCCGAAUGUCUUGAGAUUUAUACGGUGUAUCCCAACAUAUCCCAGUUGCCAGCAUUCUAGCAGCCUCCUUAGUAACAGGCAUGAUUGAUGCAUUCUAUCGGCUUAUAGCCUCCUUAGACUUUCCUUGAUUGGUUUGUCUUUUCCUUGGAUUUUAUUUUUCUUUCUUUCUCCCUUGGAAACCAAACAAAACCAAAGGAAACCAAAGGAAAACCGUAGAAUCCACCCAGCCCCAAACCAAAGAAAAUCAAAGGAAACCGAAGGAAAUCAAAGGAAACCAAAGGAAAACCGUAGAAUCCACCCAGCCCCAAACCAAAGAAAACCAAAGGAAACCGAAGGAAACCAAAUGAAAUCAACGAAAAACCACAGAAUCCACCCGGCCCCAAACCAAAGAAAAUCAAAGGAAACCGAAGGAAAUCAAAGGAAACCAAAGGAAAACCGUAGAAUCCACCCAGCCCCAAACC